CGCGGUUCAAAUCUCAAAGCCAUCGAACGGUGUAGAGUGGCCGCCCGUUCCUGAUUCUAUGAUCAAUUGACUUCAGAAUUGAGUUCCUAACCGAUUGAGUUUCGAAGAUGUCACAUUUUAAUCUUGAGAGAGACAUUUGCCAAGCGACAAAGAUGGACGAUAAAUUACAGGGGCCAGUUCCGAGAUGGAAACGCAAAGCCCUGGAAACCAGCACGAUAUCGAACGCAAGCACGUCGAUGGUCUCGACGAGCAUGCUCCAAGCGCCCCAAGUAACGCUCAACCAAAGUUCCCUCACCAACAAGAAGAAAACUCCCAUGAAGAACGAGUCUGGUGACAGAAUGAUCCCCAAUCGACGUGCUAUGGAUUUCGAGAAGGCCAACUACGCCAUAUCAACGAAAGAAAAUGAGAACGCCUCUGCAGAGGCCAGCGACUACACGAAAGCUGUGCAGCAGCAGCUGAACCUGGAUCUCUCAAAUUAUCGGAUCCUUGCGUACAGAGACAAAGCGCCGUCUGCCGCAACGGCCAGUGGCCCGAAUCGGAUCUUGUACUCCUCCAGCAAGGGGCAGUCUGUGACGAAGAGUAAUCGUUACAUUCCCAGUCGGCCGGACAAGAUCCUCGACGCCCCAGGUAUCGUGGACGAUUUCUAUUUGAAUUUGUUGGACUGGGGUGUCCGGAACGUAGUUGCCGUCGCGCUCGGAGGGAACCUUUUCUUGUGGAACGCCCAGACGGGUACCAUCGAGCACCUCAUCGAGCUCCCGAAUCAACAGGACUGUAUAUCAGCGGUGCGCUUCUGUCAAGAUGGAUUCUACAUCGCAGUUGGACUUUCGACAAAUGCUGUCGAGCUUUGGGACAUCGAAGGCAAACGACUCCUGCGGACGCUGAACGGGCACACCAACAGAGUAGGAUCAAUCUCCUGGAACAAUCACGUGUGCUCUUCCGGAGCUCGCAGUGGAGUCAUAAUGCACAGUGACGUUCGGGUGCCCGAGCACCAGCAGGGCACAGUGAACGCACAUAUGGAGGAAAUCUGCGGAUUGGAAUGGAGUCCCGAUGGAAAGUACCUCGCAUCGGGAGGAAACGACAAUCAGCUCCACUUCUGGCCGCAGCAGAUAUCGGGCCGGGUUCGACCAGUUCACUCGUUCAACGAUCACAUGGCCGGAAUCAAAGCGAUCUCGUGGUGUCCAUUCCAGAAAGGUGUGGUUGCGACUGGGGGUGGAACCGCUGACCGAUGCAUCCGCAUAUGGAAUGUCUCAUCCGGAUCGAUGCUGUCGUGUACGGACACCAAAUCUCAAGUUUGUGGCCUUCUAUGGAGCGAACAGUACAAGGAAUUGGUGUCUGCUCACGGAUACUCGAACUACGAAUUGAAUAUCUGGAAAUACGCCGGCAUGCGCAAGGUUGGAGAGCUGCGUGGCCACUCGUCGAGGAUUCUAAAUGUGGCACUUUCUCCGGACGGAACGACGGUCAUGUCGGCCUCCGCCGAUGAAACCUUACGAUCCUGGACCGUAUUUCCUUUCGACAAGACCAAGGAGGCACAGGCGAAUAAGAGCUCGAAAGACCCGAAUGGACGAUUGACAGCCCUCCACAACCUUCGUUGAGACAACGGGCUCGGGGUUGCUCCUGUUCAUUGUGCACAUCAUUCUAGCGAGCGUAAAUGCUCUCGUUUCACCGUAGGGGAGGAUUUGAGAGUUUCUUCCCGCUCCACCCUAGGCAUGUUAUGCUAUAGGUACUAGCAGAGAGCCGCGACUUCUUGUCUGGAUUGUGUAUUAAAGAAUAUCGAAUAAACUGUAUCAUUUCAUGAGUGUCAUUACCUCAUGAUUUCUCGACGA